AUUGAUUACCUCUUCAAUUGCUGUGAAAAUUUGCUUCGAUGGAAUCUGUAGCAAAUAACGAAGGUAUGUACAUUCCUGUUUGUGAUGAUGCUUUGAAGCCAAUGAUUGAUGGCAAGAGCAGAGGAUAUGAGGUUUAUCAGUUUGUUGAGUAUCAUAAUCACUUAAUGGUUGCGGAUGAGCAUAGGCAUUUUAUGAUGGCCAAUCGCAAUCUGGAUCCUAUCCAUCGGAGGUUUAUGGAGGAUUGUGGCAGGUGUAAUAUUGGUCCCACUCUCACAUUCAAACUUUUGAAGGAGAUAAUGGGUGGACCUGAAAAUGUUGGAUGUGAUAUUAUUGAUAUUAGAAAUGGUUAUCGUGAUAUUAUGUCCAAUAUUGAUGGUUCAGAUGCUCAAAUGAUUUUUGAUUAUAUGCGUUCUCAAAAGAAAUCAUCUGAUGCCUUCUAUUAUGAAAUUGAGAUAGGAUCUCAUGGAAAGUAUUGCAUGAUUUUUGCUCCAUUCACUGGAAAAGAUAACCAUUCUAGACCAGUUACAUUUGGAGCUGGCUUGUUAUCAAGUGAAGGUAGAGAAUCCUAUUCUUGGUUGUUUGGUUGUUUUGUUCGAUGCAUGGGGGUAGCACCCAAAUUGAUUAUCACUGAUCAAGAUUGGGGGAUCAAACUUGCUGUUCAACAAGUACUUUUACAAACAAGGCACCGAUGGUGUAUGUGGCAUAUCAUGGUUAAGGUGUCAGAUAAGUUGCCCAAAUCUUUACUUGGUAAUGAAGAUUUCAAAAAAGAGUUGAAUGCAUGUGUUUGGUCUGAUUUGUUAGAGCCUAAUGAGUUUGAUAUAAUAUGGAAUGAUAUAAUGGAACGGUAUGGAUUAGAAGACGUGCACUGGUUUGGAUCAAUGUUUGAAGAUAGAGAAUUCUGGGUUCCUGCUUAUUUUCGAGAUUUUCCCAUGGGGUCGCUUCUUAGGACUACAUCGAUGUCUGAAUCGGAGAAUAGCUUUUUUAAAAACUACACAAAGCCACGUGCAAAUCUUGUACAGUUCAUCAAUUUCUUUAAUUAUGUUGUGGGAGAUCAAAGGAAUGCCAAUUCACGAUUGAACUACUUGGAUUACUCAACUAUUCCUGAUUUGUCAACCCAAUUGCCUAUUGAGAAGCAUGCAUCUACAAUCUACACUGAUUCUAUUUUCAAACAUGUACAACAGGAAAUAAGUACGGUAUGUGAGAUUGUUUCUAUAACUGUUGAGGAUAACAUCAAGAUGCAUCAGGUCAAGGACCAAUAUGGUAGAACAUGGGAUGUUAAGUAUGAUUGUAAGCAAGACACAUUCGACUGUAGUUGCAAGAAGUUUUCCAGAAUUGGUGGUUGA